AUGAAAGUUCUGUUCUAUGCCAGUUUGUCCCUGUUCGGCCUCGCCAUCGUGAGCGCCAAGGGGGAGAAGAAUAUCCUGAACUCCAUCAAAAACGAUGGAAAAAAAAAUGCCAAAAACCAAAACGCGGGCUCGAAUGCAAAUAUGCAGGACAUGCUCCACUACGAUGAAAUCGAAAAAAUCAAAGAACUCAUAAGCGAAAACAAGCUGGAAGAAGCCAACAUGCUAUUUAACGAACUGAAGAAAAAUUACAAUAAUAAGGGAAAAGAUGGCGCAAGUGACCAAUACAUGGAAAGUAACAACUAUGCACCAAAUAAAGACGAAAAUAAAAUAACACAAGAUAUGAUAAAUAGCAAUCAGGACUUCUUUAGCAAUUUAAUCAACCCAAAUGAUCUCCAAGAAAUGAUAAAAUUUUAUAUGUACUUACAAAAUAUUUUAACUUCCCAAAAUGAAACUUCAGAAAAAAAAAUGGUGAAAACUUUUUUGAGAAAAACAAUACAAAAAAUGAAAGACAAUGAAAAAAAUGAAGAAAAAAAAUCCAUUGAUGAUAUCAUAAAGGACACAGAAGGACAUACACAAAUGUUGGAAAAGUUAGCAGAUCUCAUGAAAAUAAAGAAAGAAAAAUUGCAAGAUGAAGAGGUGAAAAAUAAAUUAAACCAAAUACUUAUUGGUAUGAUGAAAUUUAUUGACUAUACAAACAAUAGCGAUAUUGCAAAGGCACUUAUGGAUGAAAUAAAAAUUAAGGAAGUUAAAAACGCCGAUGGUGCGACCAAGCCUAAGCUACAGGUCAACAUCGGCAGCAGCAAGGCCCAUUUGGAGAUGCUACAAAAGGCUACCAAUUUUAUGGGCAUGGAUAUUGACCCUGAGGAGCUUAAGAAUCUUACCAUAAACAAUAAGUGGUACGAGAACUUUCUGAACAACCUCCUCAACAGCUCGGACGAGCUGUGA